AUGGCGGACGAUGCUCUGAGCUGCUUUCAAUCUCUACUGGACACCGUGCCGACAUGGCUCGCAGAAUUGCAAGAGAUAUUGAAGGGCGCGGCGGAGAAGCAAGAGGAGAUACUGUUUGCCAAUAAGCCGUCGGAUGCUGGCGUCACUGCGAAGUGCACACCCUCCAAGACAUCGUCUUUGAAGUCGAGGAGAUCUACAGAUGCUGUGGAGGACAACACAGCAGUCACUUCGAAUCCUAUCCGACCGGCUCUGCGGCACCUGACACAAUCAGACGCCCUACGCUUAUCGCAACGGAAACGAAAGACGGCUUCCAUCAUCUCUGGCGAGUCCGGCCCUUCACGAUUCCGCACGAAAUACGCUGCUGUCGUUUACUACGACGGCGACACACAAAAACGCUUCGAGACAUUGGUACGGGCAAUCGGCAGCUCUCGAAAUGCGAUCCGAAAGGGCAAAAUGAGCGCCAAGGUCGACGGUCUAUCACGGUCCUCGUCCACGUGCAGUGAAUCAAGCAAGAGCGACGAAGAAGACCUCAGCACUCCUUUGGGCAAGACGGGUUACAGACCCAGUCGACCGUCCGGUUUCCCUGCUUUCAGUCGCAUCACCAACGACACGCAGGCUUUCGACCAAGUCGACGGAAGAUUGGAGAAGGCACAGGCUUCGUGCGAACGGGCUGCUCAUCAGGUGUUGAGGGAGGGCGAUUGUACGCCGGAGGUAUCUCAAGCGAGAGAUCACUUCACCGAAGCUUUGCGUAUGGCUAAGGAGGAAAUUCCCGCGCUGGAAAGGAAGGCGAAGAAGUCGGCUGAGAGGCGACGUCGGAGCGAGGAACGGAGGAGGGUGGAGGAAGAGGUGGAGGAGCAGAAGAGGGCAAAUGAUCUGGCGGUGAAGAGGAUUGUUGAGGCGAGUUCGGGGAAUCAAACUGCACCUGCACCUACUCUGGCACCGGAACCGGCUCUGAUCUCUGCCCGCUUUGCGAACGACGAGGUGCAGCUCGAAGUGGACGAUCUGGAAGUGGACUCGGACUCGGAAGGCUCGGAUGGGGAGGAGUUCAAUAUCACCAGUCUGCCGUCUUUUGGAAAGUUCUCUGCGAUGCGGAAUGCGAGGCUGGGAUCUCCUGUUCCGUCUUUCACUGAUGUCGCGGCGGUUCACCCGUCACGGCGUGAUUUGGAGCAGUACCCUACGUUCGUGGGACAUCACAGCGGCGUCGCCUGUCCACUUCACUUCCUCUCCGUCGUUUCCGUCUCACUGCCCACAACCAUCACCAUGGCUCGCUCGAAAGCACUCAAGCCAUCACAAAUCACCGUCGAGAUCUCCUCCGAUGAAGAGGAACCACGGCUUCGCGGUCCACUUCGUGGCCUGAACCCACAGAAGAACAUGCUGCCUCCUGCGGCAACGCCAGCGUCUACUAUCGAGACGCCACAGAGCGAUGCUGGUGGCGAGAAACAUCUCACACGCGGAAGCAGACACGGUCGAUCAGACGUCAGCUAUAACAUGAAGUAUCACCCUAUGGACGUUGUCACACGACCCAACUCCAAGGCUGUCCGAGAGAGGUCUGGAUCCGCACUCGCCCGCGAUGACGAUGACGAUGAAGAGAGCGAUCUCUCCUUGCCCGGCGAAACGGACGAAGAGGAGGAAGAAUCAUCGUCAUCCGAUGAUGAACAGUGCCACCCCCAGGACUAUUGCAUCGAUGGGUACAAGCACAAAGCUAUCUUACCGACUCCAGCGGAUGAUGAGGAUGAUCGGCCCCGACCUUCACAGAAGCGCAAGCGUGCACAGUCUCCCGUCGAAGUGUACUCGGACGAUGAUGCCGAAGUCGAUGAAAGCAUUCCAGCUCGUGGUCCACCUCGAAAGGCUCUCAAGAGCAUUCAGAAUAACAACCAGCGCUCAAAGGGCAAGAAGAAGCACCGUGCGACCAAGUCGACCGUCAUGAACGAGAGCGACCAUGAGGAGAGUCACAAGUCAGCCGGAGAUGGACAUGUCGAUUUGAUGACAUUGAUCGGUGAUGUACUAUCAGAGAAUUCGGCUGAUGGCGGCCAGCCUGAGGACACAUUGCAGAAAAUCCCGGCGUGGAUCGAGGACAAGUUUGCGUUUGAGCACAGAGAGGACCCGAACGCUACGCUCACUAAAGACAUGGCCAAGAACAUGUUGCUGGAUUAUGCUCAGUCUCACUAUGGAGUGCCGAUCAUCAUUAGGAAGCCGUACCUCAACCAGACGUGUGGACCACAGCGGGACGAGAGCACUACCUCCUCAAGAACCAUUGCUGAAGACUCUGCGAAGGAGACGCCGGCCGGUACGCUGGUAGAAGGAAGUAAGCCGGAAGCACCGCCGCCAGCCUCGACAGAUAACCAUGACGUGGAACAUGCUUCGCAAUUUGAAGAGCAGAUGGCCAUUACGGAUCUGCCUCCGUCGUCGUGGUCUUCACUCCGUCCGGCCGAGAGCGAUCCAGAUCUCCUGUCGACUGCAGAGCCUUCUCCUCAACAAAGCAGCGAGCUGUAG